CACAAGAGGGUAGUCGUUUUCUCGUUUCUGGUGGCGUUUUUCGUAUUGUACGCGCCUGCACGGUCGCCGUUGUCGUCUUCGUCGUUGUUUUAUUUUUUUUUCUUCCAUCGUCGUUUGUCGAUUACAAAAUGCUUUACACAAAAAUUAUCAUAAUUUAUUACUCAAUUUAAACAAAGCAAAGUUUAACUAAUAGAAAACUCAAAAAAAGUGUCUUGUAAAAAUGAAAUCCCAUCUGUGAAAAAAAAACAACGGAAGCAUUUUCUUUCGUGUCUUGAAAACGAAAAAAAAAUAUAUAAGAGUGCUCCUCCUUGCCCCGCAAAAUACCUCUGUCUCUAUCGUCUCUCGGUCUCGUCGCUCGUCUCUGCACGAUAUUAACUCGCAAUGCCGAAAAUACUCUAUCGUCCUUUGGGCAAUCAAUCGCGCCAAUCAUCAACCUCAGCCUGGGCCACAGCAGCAACUUCGAGGAAUUCUAUGGCAUUUGCGAUUGUCGUUUGCCUGGUCAUCGUCUAUGUGAUUUGGAUAUCGUCAAGCAGUUCAACGCAAUCAGGUAAUCUAGCUGCGACCAGCUUGCAUCAUCACAGCAGCAUGCAUCUGAUGCGUUACAGCAGAGAUGAGAAUGAAUUCAUGUCGGCUGUCUCGCGAAUCUCUGCCGCCGCCGCUGCAGCUGGAGGUUCUUCUUCCGCGCAUCACAGAUCAAAAGACACAUCGAAUUAUAUCGUUAACGAUACAUCAGUUGUGUGUAGUGAGAAUUUUUCUGACACACGACAAUUUGUACAAAACCGUCCAAUAAGCGAAUUCGAUGGCCUACCAACAAUAUACUUCAUAACGCCAACCUAUCCGCGGCGUGAACAAAUUCCUGAACUCACACGUUUGGCACAUACUCUGAUGCAUGUUCCAAAAAUCCAUUGGAUAGUUGCGGAUGAUUUUGCUGAAUGUAAUAUAUUUUUAGGUUAUUUAUUUAAUAAGUUUGGAAUUCCAUUUACUCAUAUUUCUAGUCCGAUGCCCGAUAUCUAUCGUAGUCUAACUCCUAACCCUCGUGGUGUGGCGAAUCGUCGAGCAGCACUCAAUUGGUUGCGCCAGCAAAAACAAACCUCUGGUGUUCUGUAUUUUGGCGAUGAUGAUAAUACAUUCGAUUUGAAGUUAUUCUCGGAAAUUCGAGAUACCAAAAAGGUUUCAAUGUUUCCUGUAGGUCUAAUUGGAAUGUUUUCAGUUAGUACACCGGUCGUACAAAAGGGAAAAGUUAUUGGCUUUUUUGACUCAUGGCCAGGUAAUCGGAGAUGGCCAGUUGAUAUGGCUGGAUUUGCUGUGAAUCUGGAACAUUUUGCCAAUCAUCCUAAUGCAACAAUGCCUUAUAAAGCUGGCUAUGAAGAAGAUUCAUUCUUACGGAGUAUAUCGUUGUCUUUGAAAGAUAUCGAACCUAAGGCGAAUAAUUGUACUGAGAUUUUAGUAUGGCAUACACAAACGCAAAAAACAAAAGCUCCGACAAUUCGAAUAAAUUCACAAUAUUUAGAUGAUAAAUCUAGUUUAGGAUUAUUGUUUAAAGAACUUGAGAUCAUGGGUGUGAGUCAUGCUUCAGAUUAUGAUGGUGUUAAGGCAACAAUAACGAAAAAUGGCAAAACGAAACCAAUAUCUUAUUAUCUUCGGUGAGAUUCGGCCUUAAUUAAAUUUUGGAAUUGGUUAUUUCCCAGUUAUGGCUGAUAAUAGUGAUGUUUGGAACAAAAUUUAAAAACAAAAAUGAACAGAACUACACCGGCGCCGCCGUCCGAUUGAUUUAAAUAAACACUAGAAAAAGCGGCCUUUCUCUGUUUUGGUAUCGAAUUUUGUGAAAAUUAGUACUGUAAGGAAAGAAACAAAAAAGAAAUUUUUUUAAAAAUGAUUUAAAAGACAUCACAAAAAAAACCAGAAAAUGUAAGUAAGUUUGUUUAAAUUUGUUGAUUAUGUAUUUUCUACUAGCACUAGAAGAAAUUAAUAUCAAUGAUAUGUACCUUUGUUAAAUUAUAAAUUAAAAUAAUUAUUACUUAUAUUAAUAGACAUAAUACCUCUUGGAUUUGUAAUAAUUAUAAAAACAACAGCAACAACAACAAAUACAAAAUUAUAGAAUUUUUAGAUUAGAGCUAAAAAAAACUGAAUAAUUUAUUUAUUAUUUAAAUAAUAAAAUUAACAUGAACAAAAUAAUCUAAAUAUUGGCGUGGAUGUGCCUGUUGCCAAUUGGUACUGAUUAUGAUUAACAAAAAAACAAAACAGAACAUACUCACAAUUUUCUUUUGAUAAUUGUUUUAUUAAAUCAUGUUCUCAAUAAUUCAAAAAAAUCCUCGUUAAAAAUUCAAAUUAUUUACCAUUUGAUCAUUUUCGACAUAAGUAUGUACUUUUAAUAUUUGUUAUAUUUGGCCACAGGAACAACUAUUUGUUUGCAACAAUCAAACAAUGUGGUGUGGUAUUAAUCAAACAAUGUGGUUUGAGAUCUUAUUUCUUUUUUAAACUUCAUAUUGAAUGAAAACUGACAAAAGUUGUUUUAGUAAAACGAUUAUCGAAUCAAAGAUGAUAAUUAGUAUUAAAAAAAAAAACUGAAAUUAUUUUUCUUCCAUCGUUAAUAUUUCGCUUUUGCAAUAAUAUUUUCUCGAAAUAUUAUACAGUUUAAAGUUUAUUAUAGAAACAUUUGAAACUUGUUACCCCGAUCAAUGGAGGGAUGAAAAUCUUUCACCGGCUUCUUUUAAAUUGCUUUUAAAAGAAGUUUAUUCUUUAAGUUAAAAAGCUGUCAAUAUUGACAAUAUUUUCUCCUACAUUGAUGUGCCUAUAAGGUCUUCCUGAUGAAGUAUUGAGACGAAGACAUUUUAAAAAUUAGAGCAUUGUCAGUACUGUUCACUACGACUUGACUCAUAUCAAAAGAAAAUGCUACAGGUUAGACAUUGACUUUUCCUUGUUAUUUUAUUCACGAAAAGCAGCUCGUUGUAUGUUUGCAUGACAUGGAGUGACAUUUCUUUUUUAUGUCAAUGGUGAAUGUGAGGCACGUUCUUUAAGUUUCAAUAUUUUCGGAUUCGACGCAGCGCGACCCGUUUUGAUAAUUUGACUAAUUGUAGUUAUGUUUUAAUAAUUGUGAAAGAAGAAGAAAACUGGUUUGAAUGUCAUUCACAAAGUCGAGAAAAACGAAUAGUCGAGAAUACAGCCUUACAUAACCCCAGUUUUACUACCUUGUUAUAAGGAAAAAUUUGCAGAUGAUUUGAGUUCUGACAUUUGUGAACACUAUUGAACAAUUCGAUGAUACAUUCAAGUUAUGAGACCAGCUUUAGAAGUUCAUUCGGGUGAAGUAGCUGCUUAAAUUUCUUUAUUUAAUUAAAUUAAAACGAAAUGAUGUGAAUCUCUUAUCUUUAAAAGCAGUUAUUUGUAGUUUCAUUGUUUUUUUUUAUAGUUUAAUGCUAAAUGGAAGAUUCAACUUAAAACAAAUAUAAGCUAAACUAAAUAAAUAUAUCGUUAAUUAAAUAAUCAAAUUGAAUCAUAUCAUGUGAGUCUUAUAAUUUAACAGUGAUAAUAAUUAUUACAACACAUAUACAUACUAUAUAGACAAAUAUUUUGUAUCCUCCUGUUUUGCUUCUUCAAAUAAAAACAUAUUUAUUCCCAUGGCUAACAAAAAUAAAACAAUGACAAAUAAAGAAUAAUUUGCAGUUCCUGCUUAUGCUCUUAAUCUAAAUUAAUAAAACAAGAACAAAAUUUAGAAUAUAAUAUUUAAUUUCAAAAUAUAAACAAAAAUAUACACAUUUGCAUUAUAGUUAUUUAUUAAAUUUAAUUUAAACAUAAUAUAUAAACCAAAUAUUAAAUACAUAAAUCUAAACAAAAUAUACAAAAUUAAAAUAAAAAACGAUGUUAAAUAAAGAAAACUAAUAACAUAACAUAAACAAAAUAAAAAUUAGAAUUGUAAGGUGCUUUGCCGCGCUUGCUCUUGUAUGUAAAUACAAUUAAUUGAUCCUUAAAGGAUUACUAUUUUUAAAUAUAAUUAUGUACAAAAAAUUAUAAUAAAUUUAUUAAAACUAAAUAAAAAAAAGAUUGUAAAUUAUUAUUUAUACCAUCA